AUGGGUGUUCUUGGCCUUUCGAAGCUUCUGUACGACAGAACUCCUGGCGCCAUUAAGGAACAAGAGCUGAAAGUUUAUUUCGGUCGACGCAUCGCAAUCGAUGCCUCCAUGGCCGUAUAUCAGUUCGUCAUCGCCAUGAAAGGCUUUCAAGAGGGUCAGAGCGUUGAGUUGACCAAUGAAGCUGGGGAUGUUACGUCUCAUUUAAGUGGAAUUUUUUUUCGUACAUUAAGAAUGAUAGAUGAAGGACUUCGUCCUAUAUACGUGUUUGAUGGUAAGCCGCCCACCCUUAAGGCUUCUGAACUUGAGAGUCGGCGUCAGAGGGCAGAGGAUGCAAAGCAUGAGUUUGAAAAGGCAAAGGAGGAGGGAGAUGAUGAGGCCAUGGAAAAGAUGAGCAAGCGAAUGGUUCGUGUGGGAAGGGAUCAGAUGGAGGAGGUGAAGACACUACUUCGUUUAAUGGGCAUUCCUGUUGUUCAAGCACCCUCUGAGGCAGAAGCCCAGUGCGCUGAGCUGGUGAAAAAGAAUAAGGCAUGGGCGGUAGGAACAGAGGAUAUGGAUGCCCUGGCGUUUGGGUCCCGGGUGAUGUUGCGGCAUUUAACGUAUGGUGAAGCGAAGAAGCGGCCCAUUGCCGAGUAUCAUCUCGAUGAGAUAUUGGAAGCCUCCGGUUUUUCAAUGCAGCAGUUCAUAGAUUUAUGUAUUCUUCUUGGUUGUGAUUACGUCCCCAGAAUUUCAGGAAUUGGACCCCAUAAAGCCUGGGAGGGUAUCAAGAAGUAUGGGAGUUUAGAGGCAUUUAUCGAGUCACUUGACGGAACGAGGUACGUUGUCCCAGAGGAGUUCAACUACAAGGAUGCGCGGAACUUCUUCUUGGAACCAGAGGUAACACCGGGUGAGGAGAUCGAUAUCCAGUUCCGUGAGCCGGACGAAGAGGGACUGAUAAAGUUUCUUGUCGACGAAAAGUUGUUCAGUAAGGAACGCGUUUUGAAGGGUAUUCAGCGGCUUCGUGACGCACUUACGAAGAAAACCCAAGGUCGCUUGGACCAAUUUUUUACCAUAACGAAGCCACAAAAGCAGGUGAAUUCGGAGGCAUCUACUGCGGGAACGAAGAGGAACCGCGGUGCCGUAGCGUUGCCUGGCGUAUUGCAGCGGAAGUCGUCGUCCGGACACAAAAAGGCUGUCAAAAAGUAG